GGACACUGGAUGGUGAAAUAAUCAUAGUUAAUAUACAACAACAGCAUUUUCUUUAUUUCUAUCUCUUCUUUUUCUAACGACUAAUACAUAGAAAGAUUGACAAAGGUUGAUUUCAAAUCAUCAAGUUAGCUAAGAGAUUGGACGACACCAAUAGAAGUUUACAAAAGUAUCCGAGUACUUGGUAGGGUACAUAGUACACGUACGACAACGCCAAAAUGGCAGGGCCUACUUCAACCGAGACAAACGAUGUUGAUACAACAAUUAAAGCACAAGAAAUACCUACAGAAUCUUCUACACAUCAAACCUUACACAAUUCUCGCGCAUCGACCACCGUAACUCCAGAAGAUAGCGAAAAGGAAGUCAUUGAUUCCGAAAAUCAUACCUCGAAUCAAAGUAGCGUUGAUGUCACCACAACUCACAAUGCUGCGACUCCUCCUGGGCCCUCUCCACAGGAUCCAGAAGCUUCGCGCACGAAAUUGCAAACCACUGUUAUCAUGUUGUCACUCUGCGCGUCAGUUUUCCUCGCUGCCCUCGAUGUCUCGAUUAUUACCACUGCUCUCCCUACUAUUUCCGAACAUUUCCACUCAAAUGCUGGAUAUACUUGGAUAGGAUCCGCCUAUCUACUCGCAAAUGCGGCUUCUACACCUUCAUGGGGUAAAUUCUCAGAUAUAUGGGGACGGAAACCGAUUUUAUUGAUAGCAGCUGGAGUAUUCUUCAUUGGGAGUUUGUUGGCAGCAACCAGUGUUAGUAUUGGAAUGUUGAUUGUGGCGCGAGCAAUCCAGGGAAUUGGGGGUGGAGGAUUGAUUAUUCUAGUCAAUAUCUGUAUUAGCGAUUUGUUCAGUAUGAGGAAGAGGGGUGCAUACUUUGGUUUGAUUGGAAUGACUUGGGCUUUCGCUAGUGCGAUUGGUCCUUUGUUGGGAGGUGCAUUUACCCAGAAAGUUAGUUGGAGAUGGUGUUUUUAUAUCAAUUUGCCAAUUACGGGAACAGUCGCAAUAGCACUCUUCUUCUACCUCCAUCUCGAUAAUCCAAAAACGCCAGUAUGGGAUGGACUAAAAGCCGUAGAUUGGUUCGGAAGUUUACUAAUCAUCGGUGGUACGCUUAUGGUCCUUCUUGGUCUGGAAUUCGGAGGUGUCACAAAACCAUGGGAUUCAGCCACGGUCAUCUGUUUGAUAAUCUUUGGAGUUCUUGUUGCCGGUCUCUUCGUGCUUAACGAAUGGAAAUUUGCUCGAUAUCCAGUCAUGCCUCUUAGACUCUUCAAGCAUGUAUCUAACGUUGCGGCUCUGGGCGUCUGUUUCUGUCAUGGAUUCGUCUUCAUUUCGGCUUCUUACUAUCUCCCACUCUAUUUCCAAGCUGUUCUUGGCGCUACCCCUCUACUUUCUGGUGUCUAUUUGCUACCAUUUGCUCUCUCCUUGUCUUUGACAUCAGCGGGAACAGGUAUAUUCAUCAAGAAAACAGGCAAAUACCUCCCACCCAUUUAUUUCGGUCUGGUGGUUAUGACACUUGGAUUUGGUCUAUUUAUCAAUCUCCCACGCAAUGCUACUUGGUCUAAAAUCAUCAUUUAUCAAAUCGUCGCCGGGAUUGGCGUAGGACCCAAUUUCCAAUCCCCACUUAUCGCUCUACAAACCCUGGUUAAAAAGGCGGAUAUCGCGACGGCAACCGCUACAUUUGGAUUUACGAGAAAUCUCAGUACGAGUAUUAGUGUGGUGGUAGGAAGUGUGGUAUUUCAAAACGAAAUGCAGAAGAGAAGUGCGGAAUUGGUUAACGCGCUGGGAAGUAGCGUGGCAUCAGAAUUGAGUGGUGGAAGUGCGGGUGCCAGUGUGGAUAUUGUUAAGGACUUACCUGCUGCUGGAAGAGAAGUUGCCAGGGAUGCUUAUUGGGGAAGUUUAAGGAUUAUGUGGAUUAUAUACGUAGUAUUUGCAGCACUGGGCUUAGCAAUUAGUUUUGCUAUUGGUCAACAUGUGCUCAGUAAAGAACACGAGACCACCAAAGUGGGAUUGGCAGAGCAGGAGAAGUUAAGACUCGAAGCUAAGAAAGCGAAGAAAGCAAGAGAUGUAGAGGCUGGAGUGCCGGUUGUACAGGCAGCUGGAGAUGGUGAGAAAGCUCUCGCUUGAGAAAACUGCAGGAAAAUGUUUCUUAUAAUAACAAAAGUCAUUUAUUGCAUGGCGUGCGUGGGCCUUGGUUUGCAUUCUAGAGUUUGAAUUUGCAUUUCAGACCAAGGGUUGGAUGAUACCCAUACAAUAUUAAUUACGGAAACAUGCGCUUAGGAACUGGAUAUAUAAUGGGAUUUUUACGAUUGAUGGAAACGCAUGGUAUACAUAUACCGUUGGAAUUUUGUACAUAAUUCUACAUAGUCUCAAAUAUAGAGUCUUUCUCUUCGA